AUGUCCUCCAUCAUCGCCCGCUCAGUCUUCCGCGCCGCCCCCCGUGUGUCCCGUGCCCCCGCCCUCCGCCGUUGGGCCAGCGCCGCCGGCGAGGGCGAGCGACAGGCCGGCAAAGAUGCCCUCAAGACGGGAGCGAAGCGCGACCCCGAACUCUACGUACUCAUGGCCAUCAUGAGCGGCGUUUUUGGCCUUGCAGGGUGGCACUUCUCUCGUUCUCCCACCAGUGCUUCGUCUGAGCGAUCCGUUUCCAAGGCAGAGCACAGCGAGCCGUGGAAGCAGUCAGGUGGUGAGGGCCCCUACCAAUACCACCCAGGCGGUGACACGAGUAUCAAGAAGGAUGCUCCUUCAGCCUUGAACGUCGUCGUCAUCCCCAAUGUUACUCUUCCCAAGGAACUCCACGACACCUACAACAAGUGGGGUAAAGACGGUUACUAA